UUUCCGAAUUUGUAUAGUGUCUCCUUUUUGGUGUGGCUGGAUCGUAAUAUGGCAGUGAGAGUCCAUCCGCCUUGCCUUCGCUUCGCCUCGUCGCUCGUAAACUCGUCGAAAUCGCAGGGAGUUGCGACGCCUAUCCACGGCGGAGUAGGCGGAGGAGUGUCCACCGCCCGAUUCAUGUCGUCGGCGCCAUCUCCGUAUACCACUUUGAGCGCGCGCGUGAGCUGCGAGCGGGAGAUCAAGAAGAGCAAGUUCAUCGCCAUUGCUACCCGCAUCUCCGACGACCGCUCUGCCCAAUCCUUUCUUUCCGAGUUCCGAGAUCCAAGAGCUACACAUAACUGCUGGGCGUACAAGCUUGGAGACCAAUAUCGAAGCAAUGAUGACGGAGAGCCAUCUGGAACAGCUGGAAAACCAAUAUAUUCUGCCAUAGAAUCCUCUGGGCUUGAUAGGGUGAUGGUGGUUGUUAUUAGACAUUUUGGUGGUAUAAAGUUGGGAACUGGAGGAUUGGUUAGGGCCUAUGGAGGAGUUGCUUCAGAGUGUCUCAAGGGUGCUGCAACAUGUCUUGUGAAACCAAAAGCUCGAAUUGGUAUGGAGGUGCCAUUUGAAUUGUUGGGAGCAGUGUACCAUCAGCUGCAACAUUUUCAAGCAGAGGACAUCAAACAAGACUACGAAACUGGCAAUGAUGGCACAACCAUGGUUACCUUCAAAGUAGAGUAUGGCAACAUCGUCGCCUUAGAGGAUGCAAUCAAUUCCACCUGCAGCAGGAAGAUUCACUUCUACAAACAAACGUUAGCUUGAAUCCCAACUAAUUCGUCAAAUAUGGGUUCUCUUUUGGCAUACACUCAGCAGUUAAUUCAUCAAGCUGGGCUAAGCAGUGCAAUAAAGAUUUUGCAGAAGGAAGAGGGUAGUCUUUGUUACAAGAGUAAAAUUUUUUGCUUCCUUCUGUUGAUGGAUGAAUCUGAUGUCAAAAGAGGGUCAGAAAGAACAUAAAAUCAUAUGAAACUUUAUGUGUGAAGUAUAAAUAACUACAAUAGUCUACUAAUUGAUCAUUUUGAAAGUAUAAAUAAA